GCAAUUUAGACGCUCUCUAAACGUCGUCAAGGCAGCGUCUCGGCUCAGCUGACACUUGGGGGCGUUUUUGCUGCAUUCAAGCUCGAACACAAUGUCUGCGUUCGUUGCUGCCAUCUUUUUGCUUGGCCUGUGCCUGGCAAACGCCGUCAACUUCACAACCGUCUACGAGUGGGAGUGGGACACAUUUGAUUUCGUCUGGCCAUCAGGAGCGGACACUUCAAUCGGACAGAUUAAAGAUGAAUACAAGCCAGGCAAUGUUUAUGCUGCACAUAUGGCUGUUUUUGGGGAAAGGCUGUUUCUAAGUCUUGAUGCGAAUCCCGGAAUUCCCGCCACUUUGGUGUGGCUCCCAACGAGCGACACGUCGACUGCACCUCCAAAGCUUGCUCCUUUCCAAUCCUGGCAUUUACAUGAAAAAGACAACUGCGACACUAUUCAGGUGGCGAGAGGUAUGGAUACGGACUCUGAUGGUCGGUUGUGGGUGCUUGAUGAAGGUAACAGAAAUUGUCCAUGCAAAAUUUGGAUUUUCAACCUGGUCAACAACGACACAACCGAGCGCGUCCACCAGUUCCCGGACUCAGUCGUCUCUCAUUCAUAUGAUAAAAGGUACCUGCGUGAUAUCGUGCUGGACAAAACGCUAGACGAUUACCUUGCGUACAUCGCGGACUCUCAAAUUGAGCACUUCAUCGUUUACAACCGAAAAAUGGACAAAUCCUGGUCAGUGAAAACACCAGGGAGACGUUGGCUUUCCUUGGCCCUCUCUCCUAACAGGGAAGCGAGGCAGUUGUUGUACCUUUUGGAAGAUAUGAUUCCAAUGAAUUGUAUUCAGUGUCUGUCUCUGAGCUGAAGAAUGAAGGCGGAAGCGCUGCUGUGAAGUUCAUCGGCAAAUGGACUGAAGACCCUUACAGAAUGCUAAUCGAUAGAUCCAAUGUCUUGUUUGCUGCCUUUUUAAACCAGAAUUACCUCUUCAAAUGGAAUAUUUCAGAGCCCUUUACAGAGCAGCGAUUUCAUGAGGUCGGAAAACUGGAUGAUGCUGUUAAUUGGCCAUUUACUUUUGCCUUGGACACAAACGGCAUUUUAUGGAUGAUGGAGAGAUAUGUAGCUGUGGGUAGGAUUAGGGCUUUGAGGCAUAAACUACUCAAGGCUGCAGUCGACGCAGACUUGCCAUUGCGUGGCUGACCCUGACGAUGAGAAAAAUGCAAACCUCUUCCAGGCACAUUUCGAUGGACAACCUCGUUUUCCCGGACAGCAAACAGUCUUCUACUGUGAAUAUCAUAAAAUAAAAAGUGCGUGUUGCAUUUUACUUGGGGAUUAAUUAAAAAAAAACAUAGAUGAUUAUAACGCUUUAUGGUGUAUCGCUUUUUUCAACAUGAUAAUCUUUAAUUUGUAGGAAUUUUCGAUUUAAAUAAAAAAAUAUAUUGCAAUAUUCCUUAUAUAAUUAAACUGUGUUGGUUUUGUUUAUCUAAUCCAUGUUUUAAUCUAGAGAUUAUCAGUCUAAUUUUCUAAUAAAUGUCUACGAAAAUGUAUCGAGCGUUCUGCCACGCAUAAUUAACAAUUGUUGGCAAUAUUUUCUGAAAGAUAAAGCUUAAUCAAAAUAAAACUUUUGUAAACAG